AUUUCAGCGUGCAUUUUCUAGACAGUCGACCACCCUUUCAGGACCAUGGAAUCUGCAUUUACUAAGCUCUGAGCAACCUAACAAAACGCUAGCCAGAUCGAUAUGGAGGCGAUAUGGCUUUACCAAUUUCGCCUGAUCGUCAUCGGGGAUUCAACGGUCGGUAAAUCGUGUUUGAUCAGACGCUUCACCGAGGGUCGGUUUGCGCAGGUGUCCGACCCCACGGUCGGCGUGGAUUUCUUCUCUCGCCUGGUUGAGAUCGAGCCAGGGAAACGCAUCAAACUCCAGAUAUGGGACACAGCGGGCCAGGAGCGCUUCAGGUCCAUUACCAGGGCCUACUAUCGCAACUCUGUGGGUGGCCUGCUUCUCUUUGACAUCACCAACCGUCGCUCCUUCCAGAACGUUCACGAGUGGCUGGAGGAGGCACGGAGCCACGUGCAGCCACGCGGCAUCGUCUUCUUACUGGUGGGCCACAAGUGCGACCUGGAGCCGCAGCGGCAGGUCACGCGUCAGGAGGCCGAGAAGCUGGCGGCCGCCUACGGCAUGCGCUACGUGGAGACGUCGGCACGAGACGCCAUCAACGUAGAGAGGGCCUUUACCGAGCUGACGCGUGACAUUUUCGAGCUGGUCAAGCACGGCGAGAUCACCAUCCAGGAGGACUGGGAGGGGGUCCGGAGUGGGUUCGUGCCCAACGUGGUGCACUCGUCAGAGGAGGUGACCAAGAGUGAACGUCGGUGCCUCUGCUGAUCCAGCUGAUACCCCACCCUCUCUUUGCGCUGGACCCUACCCAAUCAGGCCUAGCUUGCUGCUUCAGAUCCCUUCAAUCACGGGACAUCAUUUGGUCUUCUAUAACGAUGUUGCCUGCCUGCCGAAUGCUCCCAAAUCUACCAAGGCCUCUCGUCCUCCACUAUCCAACAGAGCUCAGUUUAUGCCCAUAGUCACUAGUCAUUCACAGGAGAACUCUUGUGUUCACCAACCAAUGAGAACUAAGGGUAUACACUAAGAGACAAACUUCAACACCUUCAAACUCCCCUAAAAUGCCAAUCAGAACUUUAUUUCUGCACCUUAAACCUAGCUCCACACCUGUCAAUCAUGUGAAAGCCAUGAGAUGUUUCCCAUGAGGGCAAGAUGUCUCCAGAAACUGUAAUGCAAGAGAAUAACCAGAAGCACUGUAGGUGUUUACUGGCAGACCUUUCAGUCAUGACUGUACUACUGUCAGAGCUCAGACAAUGAAAGUGCAGCUUGAGGUAAAGAAAAGAAAGACCUAAAGACUACUUGGUUGAGAUGUAUAUGCAUAUGUCAAGGUUAAGGUACAAUGAAAGAAAAUGGUAUAUUGCAAUAUAUUACAUUUCCCAGAAUUCCAUUACCGAGCAAACAGGCCUGAACAGUGAAUUGAUAAGUUUUCUCUUCAACAAAGAAUGAGCUCGCUUUUUUGUCUUUAGGUUUAUAAAAUUAUUUGAGAAUACACAAAGUUAUUGAACUACUUUGAGUAUAAACUGUCACUUGAAGUACAACACCAAGAUCUACAGACAUGUGCUUCUGUAAACUUACCAAAGGGAUGUGUGCGUUUGCAAAGAAAUGAACCACUUGAGGACUGUGGAAAUGAAGUGCACUAUUGUAUGACAAAUGGCCUCUACUUCUUAGUGGAAAAGUCAAGCAUUAUUAAACUUUAACCUGUAUAGGUGCACCUUUAUAUCACGGUCUUCAAAGUAUUUUCAGAUCUUCCAGCUAGCUUGUGCCAUCUCACAGGAACAGGUGGGUUCCCCUGGCAUUUCUACAAGCACCCCACUAGAGGGCACUCUACAACCUACGCAAAGCGCUCCCUCCAUUUCACAAGUCCAUGCCAUGCACUUGCUUCGUUGCCAGAAAUAAAUGUAAAAAGUAUGACAGACCCCCACACAGCCAACACAGAAACUCACCUUUAAUUUAUGCUGCCUGAUUCUUUGUAUUGAUUUUCUGUUCUGUUCAGAAUUAAUCACAACUUGACACACCCAGUUGAUGUGAUUGGUUAGGAGUGUAACACAUAUGCUGACUGGACAAAGUGAAUGUUAGGACUCAACAAUACUGGCAUCUGAUAGAAAUAUGGCAAUUGUUAUAUUCCAUUCUAUAUCCAUAUUUUACAGCCAAACUCUUACUGCAAUCCACUCAUUAAAAACCUGACAAGACAGUACUGGGGCAGUUUGGAUUGAUUUAUGUUUUAGAUUCUCUUGAGCACACAUGCUGGCUUAAGUAGAUCUAACUACAUGAAGGCUGAAUUAUCGAUAACUGUACCUGCUAAAUGGUUGACACUCUGUACGUCUAUCAGAACAACUUGAAAUGUACUCAAGAUUAAAAUACCAUGAAAAAUGGGACUGAGCUGCUCAUUGUGAAGAGGGAUUCUCCUGGUUUUUAGAUUGCAGUACUUCUUUGUACCAUCAAAGGGAGGCAAUAAAAGAUGAAUGAUUGGGUGUUCCAGAAGAUGCUUCCAAAACCUCACACAAGAUAAUAAUAAUAAAUAUAAAUAUUAUAUGUAUGUUUUUGUUGAUGUGGAAAGUGGCAGAAGAAAGUCCCAGAAUUGAAAAGCCACUCAGAACAUUUUUCCAGAGAUUAUUUAUACUACUAAUAAUGGGGAAACACAUUAAAACAGACCAUUUCAUCCAUUUUCUGUCUUUCCCCAAAGGUUCCAUUACGAGUUGCUCAUUCAGUAUUUAAUGGAUACAAUGGUGACAAAUAAAUACAGAUGGAACAGUGGAGGGGAGGAGAG